CAUUGCUACAAGCAACAGAGUAUUUUUACCUUAUCAAACAGAAGAGUGAAGGUCCUGCUGCAUUUUCCUUUGUGUUAAUACAUAAUUCCUCUGGAAAAGACUUAGAACAGAAAUUCAAGGACCUGUGAGCUUGUCCUCAGAUUCUCCAUAGGAACAGAGGGAAUUUACCGGUUCAUGGUGUGAGGGAUACAUGUGAUUAUCUCCUUCUCCCUGCAAACUGUGGAGCAUCUCCAAGACUUAGGGCUGCCAACAUGAGCUACUGUAGUGGAUUCUUCUGUCCUAUGCAACGCACCAAGAGAAAUCUUUUCCUGGUUUUUGCCAUCUUUUUUACAGCAAUAUAUUUGAUUUCCUCUUCUUAUAAUUCUGCUCGCCUUGCUAAAAGUGAUGAUCGUCACAUGGAAAGUGAAGUGAGUUUACUUAAAAAAGUGUUUCCAAAUUUCAAACAAAUCUCAGGGAAAGAAAAUGGAGAACUACCACCGGAAAAUGAGAAAUCUGAGAACAAAAACACAUCCACUUCGACACAGUCAUUUACGUUCAUUAUUAAUGAAGAAGAAAAGUGCAAAGAUAAAGCACCUUUCUUGGUAUUGCUGAUAUCAACAACUGCAGCUGAACUUCAGCACAGAAAUGCCAUCCGAAAGACCUGGGGGAAUGAAACUGCAGUUCCAGGCGUUGACAUUGUUCGGCUGUUCCUGCUUGGCAUCAACACCCAGGAUGCAAAUGAGGAUUUACUGCUGAGAGAAAGCGAGCAAUAUCGUGAUAUUAUCCAGCAGGACUUCCUGGACACCUACAACAAUUUAACUCUUAAAACUCUGAUGGGCAUGAGGUGGGUGGCCUCUUACUGCAGUGGCACGAGGUUUGCUAUGAAGACAGACAGUGACGUUUUUGUCAAUACAGUGCACCUGAUUGAGAAGCUCCUCAGACCUCUCCCACCUUCCACACAGAACUAUUUCACAGGCUGUUUAAUGUCAGGGCACAGGCCUAUUCGGAAUAAAGCCAGUAAAUGGUACAUUUCAGAAGAAGAAUUCCCAGGUAACAGAUACCACCCUUUUUGUUCAGGAACUGGCUACGUCUUUUCUGGAGACCUGGCUGCAAAAAUCGUCAACGCUUCUUUAACAGUUAAAUUCAUACAUUUGGAAGAUGUUUAUGUAGGGUUUUGUCUUAAUGCAAAGGGAGUAAAAAUAGUACCUCCACCUCAUUCAUUGUUUAACAUACACAAGGUCCCAUUUUCACCUUGUGUGUACAAUAAAAUAAUUACAUCUCAUCACAUUUCACCACAUGAGCACAUAAUCUACUGGGAAACACUGCAAGAGAAGGAAAACACAUGUUAGAAAAGAAAGCUCCAUCCUGGAGCAUCCUAGGAACUUUCUUUGACAAUGGACAAAGCUGCAGAUGUUUUUAGUAAGAACAGAACAUCUGUGUAGUGAUUACUUUCAAGGUCCAGGGACAUCCUGAAUCAGGUGCCUAGGUUUUGUAUUAGGUUGAAUUCAAAGGAUUUUUCCUUCAUAAAGAAGCCUUUCUCUGUUGAGUAAAUACUGCUUGGUACAUUAUUUAGUUUUGGAUGAAGGAUCAAUUAAUUUUUAUACUGUUUUAAAAUAUAGCAAGAGGCCGUAUCAACCCUACUGAAGAAAAAGCAAAGAAGAUGCAAUGAAAUUUAUUUUUUCAUCUUGUAUAGCUGACACAUUUACCUUACAUUACAAACUAAAAAGUUAGUGUGCUAAUUUUAUACUGCUCAGAUGUAAUUUGCCUAUGCACCACUGUCAGAGACUGAAAAUAGUUCAUGCCUCAAACAUUGAUAUGAAGUUUUGCUCAUUAUAAAGAAGCUACAACCGCAGAAGCUUCCCUGAAGAGUGGGACUUUGAACUGAAAGUCGAACUGUUGAUUUAGAUAAAGGGAAAUUCAUUGUUCAGUCAUCUCAGGCUGAGGGAAAGGUGUGCAUCCACAAAAGGCCAAAGCCACCAGCUGCAACUAUCCCCAGGUGAGUUUGGGGUGUGGGGAGAGCAGAGCUCACAGAAGCCAGGUUUACACAGACCGCAGCCCAGCCGAGGGGGGAGAACGAGGUUUUGGGUGCAUGGUGCAACCUCUGGUGAGAGGCAAUGAACACCCAUCCUCCAUUACACAAACUGGCCCAGCUGUGGAACCCCCAACCCCACAGGGCACACCCACAGGACUUCCACGUGAGAGGCUUGGCCCCACAGGACUGCACGUGAUGCAAUAGACCAGAGUCUGCUGUGAGAGACUGCCCCCCACCCCAGGGGGACGUGGCUGGACAUACCACCCAGCCUGAGCAUGUACACUCAUCAGACUCUGUGCCUUCUGGAGGGACCUUCACCACCAAGAGACCAGCUGGAGAGGAUCAACAAACAUCGCUGGGAUCCACGGAGUGGUGAUAUU